CCCAGGCAGGAGACCGAACCCUCGGCUCUUCUGCGGGAACUGGACGCACAUCCAGGGCUUCAUUUUUGGACUUUUUCCUCCCCCCUGGUCCUGCUUUUUCUUUUCUGGAAUUCCCUCUUGCUGAGAUGAAGAGGUAGUCCACGGCGGGGACCAGACGUUUACCGAGUUUGCAAGUCGGAAAAAGUUCAGUUAAAGGAGAGGAUGUGGGUGCUGGAGGUCCUCGGAUUGUGCCUGCUUUCGGCAGCCGUGACUUACGGUCAGAACGCUGAGUGCUCCCAGAAACACGACUGUCCCAUAGACAUUUACUUCACCAUCGACACCUCCGAGACCAUCGCCUUGCAGGAGCCGCCGCCCGGAGCGCUGGUGGAGAGCAUCAAGCUCUUCACUGAGACCUUCGUGAACCGACUGGCGGACACAGAGUUACGACAAGUGGUGCGCAUCAACUGGAACAUUGGAGGGCUGCACUUCUCCCAGACGCAGGAAGUGUUCAGCAGCAUCGGAGACAAGCAGAGCUUCCUCGAUGGGCUCAAGAAUAUCGUGUACCUGGGCAAAGGCACCUAUAUUGACUGCGCCCUCACCAAAAUGAAGGAUCAAAUGCUGCGCUCACGCAAGACCCCCAAGCCUCUGCGGUUCGCCGUGGUCAUCACUGACGGCCAUGUGACCGGGGAGCCGUGCGGGGGCAUCAAGGAAGCGGCAGAGCAGGCCAGAGACGAAGGCAUCCGCUUGUUCGUGGUGGCUGCCUCCGACAACAUCGACGAGCACGGCCUGAAGGAGAUUGCCAACUCGCCCUCUCAAGUUUACAGGAGGGAAUACAUGGCUGUCGAUCUGAAGUCAGGAAAACCUGUCAUCCAUGUCGACACCAUCGACCAAAUUAUCAAGACAAUGAAACAUAUCGCCUUUUCCGAGUGUCACAAAGUGUCCUGCUUGGAGACACCAGGACCUCAGGGACCCAGAGGACCUAGAGGGCAGAAGGGAGCUAAAGGAGACAAUGGUGACGCAGGUCCAAAAGGAGAAAAGGGUCGUCCCGGUGACCCUGGUAUUGAAGGUCCCAUCGGUCAGCCCGGCGUCAAAGGAGAACCAGGCCUGAAGGGGGAGAAGGGAGAGCUCGGAACUCAAGGAAAGAAGGGCAUGGGCGGGAUUCCAGGACGCAACGGAACAGACGGACAGAAGGGGAAGAUCGGACGAAUCGGUGCUCCCGGCUGUAAAGGAGAUCCAGGCGACCGAGGAUCCGACGGACACCCUGGAGAUUUUGGUGAGCGAGGUCCCCGUGGAGCCAGCGGAGAAAAGGGUGAUCCCGGACGACCUGGAAGACCUGGUCCACCUGGGCCUCCUGGAGAUGACGGAGGAAAGGGAGAGACAGGCAGUCCUGGAUUACCAGGCGCUCCGGGAACAAAAGGACCUGUGGGAACUCCUGGGAAAGAGGGAGCCAGAGGGGAGCCGGGGAGAAGGGGAGAAUACGGGCCCAAAGGUGCUCAAGGGCCGGAAGGAGCGAAGGGUGAGAAGGGCGAAAUGGGUCCAGAAGGACAGAGAGGACUUCCGGGCGAAUCCGGGAACAAUGGCCCAAAGGGGGACAAUGGUCUUCCAGGGCCCAGGGGGCCUCCAGGAGCGGCAGGAGAGCCAGGAAGAAAUGGCACCAGAGGGGAUCCUGGAGAUGCUGGAGUGAGAGGAGAGCCUGGACCAGUGGGACCAAAGGGGGAUCCUGGAAGACCUGGCUUCAGUUAUCCAGGAUCAAGAGGCCGGCCGGGUGAUGAUGGCGAGAAAGGCAACCAAGGCCUUCGUGGUGGCAGAGGAGACUGUGGUCAGAAGGGAGAGCCGGGUGAUAAAGGGAAGCCUGGAGAGGCAGGCGAACCAGGGCCUCAAGGUGAGCCCGGAAAUCGAGGUCAGAGAGGAGAUUCUGGUGGCCCGGGAGAUCCUGGUUCUGAGGGAGAUCCUGGCCUCACUGAAUGUGACGUCAUGAACUACAUCAGGGAAACGUGUGGCUGCUGCGACUGUGAGAAGCGGUGUGGAGCCCUGGACAUCGUUUUUGUGAUCGACAGCUCGGAGUCAGUGGGUCUUACCAACUUCACUUUGGAGAAAAACUUUGUCAUCAACACCAUCAACAGACUGGGUUCCCUCGCCAAAGACCCCAAAUCGGCCACCGGUACCAGGGUGGGAGUGGUCCAGUACAGUCACAGUGGAACGUUCCAGGCUAUUCGUCUCGAUGACCCCAAGAUCGAUUCUCUAUCUGCUUUCAAGGAUGCUGUGAAGCGCCUGGAGUGGAUUGCUGGAGGAACAUGGACUCCAUCUGCCCUCAAAUAUGCCUACGACAACCUGAUCAGAGACAGCCGUCGAGCCAAGGCCAACGUCACAGUCGUGGUCAUCACCGACGGACGCUUCGACCCCAGAGAUGACGACUCGCUGCUCACCUACCUGUGCAGAGACGGCGUGGACGUGAGCGCCAUCGGCAUCGGAGACAUGUUCGAUCAGAUCGAGGAGAACGAGAGCUUGAAGAGCAUCGCCUGCCAGAAGGACGGCCGAGUCAUGGGCAUGAAGCGCUUCGCCGACCUGGUGGCUGACGAGUUCAUUAGCAAGAUCGAGACCGUGCUCUGUCCAGAUCCGAUCACCGUGUGCCCAGACCUGCCCUGUAAGACAGAACCGGCCGUCGCCGGCUGUGUAAUGCGGCCCGUGGACCUGGUGUUCAUGCUGGACGGUUCCGAGAGAAUGGGCUUGGACAACCACCGUAAAGCCAAGGAGUUCAUCGAGAACGUGGCCCGCCGCCUCAACCUGGCCUCUGGCCCCAACGACGAGAGCAGCGCCCGCAUGGCUCUGGUGCAGUACGGCAGCCCCACGGAGCAGAAACUGGAGUUCCCGCUGACGCACGACCUGACGGUGAUCUCGGAUUCCCUGGCCGAAGUGAAAUACAUGGACUCCUCCUCUGCGUUGGGAAACGGCAUCAUCCACGCUGUGAACAACGUGGUUUACCAGUCCGGUCGACAGGGGAACCGACUGGCGCGUCGUAACGCCGAGCUCUCCUUCAUCUUCAUCACUGACGGCAUCACAUCCAGCGAGCAGCUGGAGGAGGGCAUCGCCUCCAUGAAGCGGGCCGAGGGCGUCCCCACCAUCAUCGCCAUGGGGACCGACACGGACGAGGAGGUGCUGCGGAAGCUGUCGCUAGGAGACACGUCGGCCAUCUUCAGAGGAGCCGAUUACUCCCAGCUGAACAAACGUUCUUUCUUCGAGCGCUUCAUUCGCUGGGUAUGCUAGUGUGAAACUCAAAUGCCAGAGCACCAGAGAGUUGGAAUGCAUAGAGUAAAAACGUGGCGGCCGUGCUGGUGUUUGUUCUAUUCAUUCGAAGUCUAUGGUCCGCGGGCCCUUCCAAAGACACUCAUCAGAAUCCCACUCGGGAUGGUUAUUGAAUGUGUACCAAAACUCCUUUAGGCUCUUUGUGCUUGACUUUGUAAAGAGUGUAAGCCCCACUCCACUUUCAGAGAAGUCACUAUAUGAAAUAAAGGUGCUAUUUUAGAAAGAGCAGACCAGAUUUGUGCAUCACAACACAUCGUACUGUACGUUGCUGAGGAUCGGUCAGGAUUAAGACAAGUAUCAGGCACACAACAUCUCACACACACGCGGACACAAACAUGCAAGUUCCGCAGCUGAUGUCAAACCACAUUCAUGCACAUGAAGACAAACGUCAGACACAGAACAUGAAGUUUCAAUAAAGCUCAAUGUGG